AUGAGCGACGAUCAUGGUGGCACACUGGAAGCAGAACUGGAAACUCAGGAUCCCAAGGCGCCCGACGCGGGAUCGGACGAUGAGGAGGACGAGGAGGAUGCGGGAGGGGUGUCGGACGGGCAGCAGGAGGGUUCUGGCGGCGAGUCCAAAGAGGGAGGAGGGGAGACGGCGAACGGAACGGGGAAAAAGAAGAAGAAAAAGCAGAAAAAGCGCAAGAAGAAGGGCGCGGGUGGGGGAUCCAGUGACAGCGCCUCCUCGGGUUCCUCCUCCCCAGGCGCUUCUCCGCCCACCUCCCCUUCCGCCAAUUCCGCGCCCUCCGCUUCGUUCCCCCCAUCGUCGUCUGCGGAUGCGCCCCUGUGCCAGCCGGACCUGGAUGACAUGCUUCCGGUUGAGGUGGCGGAAAAGAGGUUUGCGGCAGCGCUGGAGUCGAUGCGCAGCAAGGCGGAUCUGUGCAUGUGGGUGCAGCUGGCGCGGUGCCGUGUGGGCGACAAGAAGCUGCGCCGCCUCACAGACGCGCUCAUCCACUGCGAGACAGUCACCUCUGUGGACUUAUCAGAGAACCUUAUAUCGGAUGCAGGCCUGCGCCAGCUCGCCUGCGCGCUCUCCGCCCCAAGCGCCGCCCCGGAUUUGAUUUCCCUGAACGUAAAGCGCAAUCCGAUUUCGGCUUCCGGGCGGGCGUGUCUGGCGAAUCUGCAGGCUGUGAGGAAGCUAGUGAGGAUAGAGUACGAGGAGAGCCCGCCUCCAGCAGCACAGGAGAAGAAGGGCGCGCAAGGAGGCAAGGGGCAGGGCAUGGCGGACCCACGUGGCUUUGAAAGCGGGGAGCGGAUGGGGGGGGGGUUGGCCAGCAAGGCGAGCAACCCACAGAUCCGGAUUGACGCGGCCGUCCGGUUCAUCAGGGAAGCAUCCGAGAAGCUGCAGCAGAUGGCACCUGAGGGCAGCAGCAGGCGGAGCAUAGCGACGCGGGUGUUUGACUCGAGCAUGAUGACGGAGGCACUGGAGGACGUGGUGGAGCUCGUGGAUGCUGACCUGCGCCGCAACCCCUCCAAGUCCUACCACAACUCGCCCAUCAACAAGCUUCCCUUACCGCUGCGGCUGGUGGUGGAAAGUCUACCGACGUUCGCCUCCCUGCUGGAGCUACCCAUACCGCCCCAGCAGUGCCAGCGCAAGCUGGCAGAGCCAGCAGCGGGGCGGCACCGCAUCCUGGCGGUGCUGCUGCUGCGCAAGGUGCUGGGGGCGUGUGGGCGCGUGGUGGAUGACCGGCUGGCACGGGAGGACUUGGGGCGCAAGGUGGCGGCGCUGCUGUUUGACUUCCCCUGGAGCAACGUGCUGCACCAUGGCGUGUGCUGCUUCCUCAUGUCCGCCCUGGAGCGUCCCAACUCAUCCCUCUCCUCGUCUCUCCUUGACCCUCCUCUUUCCGAUGACUCCUCCUCCUCCACAUCAUCCACCAUCACUGCUCUCUCCUCGUCGCCGGCUCUGCCCUCCUCCUCUCCACCUGCUGCCACGACCAGUGCCACCACCACCACCGACAGCACCACUGCUGCUCAUGCUGCUGCAGUUUCCGAAUCUGCUGCUGCGUCUGCUGCUGCUGCAGAGUCUGCCUCUUCCGAUCCCCCCUCCACCUCCCCUGAUACUCCGCCCACAAGUGCAGGGGGGGACGAGGGGGCAGUGAGGAAGGCCCGGGGGAGCGGGCAGGGGGAGGGGGAGGCGGACCCCCGUCCCCAGGUGGAUGUAGAGCCAGAGGCCAAGCGUGGGCGCGUGAAUGGGGAGAAGGGGGAAGCAGGAGGGAAGGGGGGAGCAGAAGAGGAAGGGACAAAUAAGGUAGCAGAGGUGACGGGUGGUGGGGCGGAGGAGGGUGGUAGUGGGACUGUUGAUAGCGAGGCUGUUAGUAGUGAGGUGGAGACGGUGGAGAGGGAGGGCCCAGGAGAGGAAGAGAAGGGGGCAGAAGAUAAGGGCCAAAAGGAGGACAAGGGGAAGGGGGGUAAACGGGAGGAAGGGGAGGGGAAUAGCAAGGGGGAGGGUGAAGGGGAGAAGCAGGCAGCAGCGUCAGCAGCGGCAUCAGAUCCAACAGGUCCUUCAGGGCCGCUGGCUCUGCCUGUGAGGCUGGCAGUGACGGCGGCUCCCUGGGUCAACACAUCCAUUGGCCAACGACCCGGGCAUGCAGGCCCAAUCAUUCAGCUCAUGUUUGACAUCAGGGGCAGAGCAACCACCAGUGCGCCACUGCAGGCGAAGCUAGAAAAGCUGCCAGAGUGGCAGGUGUUUGCCCAGGCAGGGGGGCAGCUGGACGAGCUGCUUUCACAGCAGCACGGUGCUCUGUGUGGGCCCAAGCCAGUGGUGCCGGGCAGUGAUGUGCCUGACAUGGGUGCAGGCAGUGGCGGGCAAAGCAUGCUGUUUGGGGAGCCCGACCUGCCGCCCUCUGUGCUUGGGAAACUGAGGGCCAUCUAUCUACAGUGA